GAUUCAACAUGGCGCCGUAGGAACGUUGUUAUUGUUCCGUCGCUCCUGCUAGCUCUCGCUGUCCGACUAAAACUACGUAGAUAAAAAAGGCCGAACGCUUUCGUGCGGGCAUGAAAGGAGCAUCUGGGGAUAAUGUUAAGAUCCACCGGCUUCUUCCGAGGGAUUGACUGUCCGUUUUACGCGGAGCACAGCGAGGGCCAAGGCGGCAGGAAUGGGUGUAACAGACCGUACUGUCACUUCAGGCACAGCCAGCAGAGACGGCCGUCCUACGGAGCACCGGCAGAUGUUAAAAAGCAGAGAGACCUUCCCUCCACACACAAAGAUCAAGGCUACGAUCCCUUCAAUCCUGAAGUAGUGAGACCGCAGGAGCAGCAGAAUGGCAAGCCGGCUGCCUCGGGCGACAUCAGUGGCGCCUUGGAGCUGGUCAACAAGGCCAUCGAGGAGGUCCGCAGUGAGGUGGAGCGGGAGAAGAGGAAGCUCUCUCGGAUUGGGGACGAACCGUACAAUCCCAGCGAGAACGCCAGCUUGUCUUCGUGCAAGACGGACACGAGUAAAGCGGCGGGUUCGCACUUGGCCUAUGAUCCCGGGAGUUAUCAGAUCACAUCAGGAGGGUAUAAUCCCACCCCUGGCUGCAGCAAGUACACCUUGGAUUCAGACAAUCAGGGGCACAACAGCAACUCUAUGGAAUACGUUCCCACGUCGCUGAAAAGGCCUUUGUCUCGGACACACUCGCACCAGCCUCCUUCUCCUCCUCCUAGCCCAAAGCGUUCGAAUAGCACGUCCUCUUCAAAGUGCAAAUACACUGUGGAUAAUUCUAGGCCAUCCACGGACAUGGAGUACGACCCGCUGUCCAACUACUCGGCUGGAAUCGCUGUGAAAAACAAGAGGAGCGAGGGCGCUCGGCCCGUCAGGACAGAAGGCAGCAAAGCGCACAAGCUGUCGGGCUCGGAGUUUUCCGAUGAGGACUAUGUCGUAGCUGCGAAAAAGCCACGGCAGCAGAGCGUAGACACAAAAAAGUACACCUUCUCUGACUCUGAUGGGGAGAGCUCUGGGGCAGAGUAUCGCCCCACCUCGCUUAGCAAUCUGCAGCAGAGAAAAGCCGCCCACGGCUCAGACUCUUUUGGGAAGGGGAGGAAAGGGAGUGGUGAAAGUUUGCUAAAUGCACUGAUGCAGAGGAAUAAGCAGGACUCUGACACCCAGGAAAAUAUUAAAAGAAAGGACAGCCCAGAGAAAAAGAAGAAAGAGGGAGGUCAGACUAGUCAGGAGAAAAGUAGCAAGACUGAGAAACUACAUAAACUUGAAAAGGGAGCAAACAAAUCAUCCGGUAGUAAGAGCAGCGUCAGCAGCAGCAGUAAAGACAGAGCGUCGAUAAAAAGCUCAAACCAGGAUUCGGCGAAAAAGGAGAACAGGAGUCACGACAAGAAAGACGACAGGAAGAACACAGUGAAGGUUAAGACGUCGGAUAAAAUUCGCAAGGAAAGCAGGGACGAAAAGAAGAGCGACAGCAAGUUGAAAACUUUGGAUAAAGUGAAAACGGACUCAAGCAAGCAAGAUAAACAUGCAGAAAACGGCGCGAGGGAAAGCAAGAAGCCCAAAACAUCAGACAAGGAAAAGGAACAGAGCAAAUAUAAAGAGCAUCCCCACAAAAACGGGAAGCUCGAUGGUAUUAGAAGAGAAAAAGAUGCGAAAAAAGUUAGCAAGAGCGGUUCUAGCAGCAGCAAAGCGAGCCCAUCGAACAGCAAAGAUAAAGCGAGGCAAAGCGUCGGCGCUUCGAGUGUAAAGAGACAGAGUUUGAGUCUGAGCCACGCCGAUCUGUUUGGAGACGAGAGUCCGGACGAGGCCCAGCAGAUGGAGGCGGAUUACGACGACGAAACCGAGGAAGUCCUGGUGAGGAAAUCUGUCGACGCCUUAAAGAGGACUCGUCUAAACAAGAGGAAAGCGUCGGAGCUGACUCCGUCCUCCUCGGAGGACGAGGGCGACCGCGACGUGGACUGCGGCAGGGCGGGCAGGGACGAGGUUGACGGCGUCAGAUUUGACCUGUCCGGUUUCCAGGACGAUCUGGACUUUGACUCAGAUCCCAUGGAGGAGUGUUUGAGGAUCUUCAAUGAAUCCAAAGACGUGAAGAAGGAAGACAAGGGAAGGCAGGCCAAGCAGCAGCACUCGAGGGACUCCGAGGAGGAGAAGAGCACAGACAGCACUUUAACCACUCUCUUCCCUGGUCAGAAGAAGAGAGUCUCCCAUUUUGUUGCCAAAGGAAAUACCGAUGCACCUUCCAGGACUGCGGUGCGGCCGUAUAGGAGACCCACGGCCCAGGAGAUCUGCUACCAGCGUAUGCAGAUGGCCCAACAGCAAGCGGCUCAGCUGUCUGCUUCGGUCAAAGCAGCCACACAGGCCUCAAGCCCCAGCUUCUCUGGAGAGAGGAAGAGAAUAGCGCACCGUCCUAACCCUCAGAUAGCUUCCUCCAAAACAAGUCUCGCAGACACUAAACAUGCUGCAGGUCGCGUGUUAUCGCCCAGUCACACCCUUCAGAGUGUCAAAGCUCAGACCACAGUCGGUAUUUUGUCCAAGACCUCGUCUACCGUCACACAGAAGAGGGUGGCGCACACACCCACCCUGAAGAGUACUUCGAUGAGGCGUCCUGUCAUCCCCACCGAGUUCGGGGCCAAAGUUCCCACCAACAUCCGCCAGCGCUACCUCAACACUUUCAUCGAUGAAUGCGUCAAGUUUUGCCCAUCGGAGGACGGCGCCUUCCAAAUGGCCCUCGAUGAGGAGAAGCUGGUGUACGAGCGCAGUAGCAGUAAGAACAUCUACCUCAACGUAGCUGUCAACACGCUAAAGAAGCUCCGGAGCAAGAGCAGCGCCAGUCCGUCUCCCGUCACCAAGGAGCCGGGGUCAGUAGCUAAAAGGAAGCCACAGUCCCACGAAGAAGUUCUGGGAGGUCGUCUUGCUGCCACAACCAGCUUCACUGUGAACAGGAUGGGUAAACAGCAGGAGGAGAAACUCAUCGGAGCCACACUGUACAGGAAGAUGAAGGCGUACCUGAUGACAGAGGAGCAGCUCCAGCAGCACGGAUACCCGCGGCCGAACCCCGAGGCCGCCGGCAAGGCCGUCAUUUACAACCAGCCCGAGAAGAAGGGCGUCGCAGACCCGUUUAGCAAGAUAUGCUGUCGAUGCGGCGCCGAGUAUAAGGUCAACGUCAACGGCAGCUGCGUGCGGAAGGAGGAAUGCAGCUUUCACUGGGGACGUUUGCGCAGACACAAAGUUGCUGGAGGCUGGGAGACCAACUACAGCUGCUGUGCUGCAGCUGUGGGCGCUCCAGGCUGCCAAACGGCCAAGCAACACGUUCAGGACGGGCGUAAAGAAUCACUGGACGGCUUCGUGUCGACCUUCAGCAAACCUCUGCCUCCAGAUGGAAACGGAGGGGUGUUUGCUCUGGACUGUGAGAUGUGUUACACAAAGCAGGGUCUGGAGCUGACCCGGGUGACGGUCAUCGACUCAGAGAUGAAAGUCAUCUACGACACGUUUGUGAAACCUGAAAGCAAAGUGGUGGACUACAACACGCGGUUUUCGGGUGUAACGGCGGAGGAUCUGGAGAGCGCCGCCAUCACUCUGAGAGACGUUCAGGCCGUGCUGCUCUCCAUGUUCAGCGCUGAAUCCAUCCUGAUAGGACACAGCCUGGAGAGCGACCUGCUCGCUCUGAAACUCAUCCACAGCUCGGUUGUAGACACGGCCAUCGUGUUUCCUCACCGCCUUGGUUUGCCCUACAAGCGUGCCUUGAAGAACUUGAUGGCUGAUCACCUCAAACGCAUCAUCCAGGACAAUGGUGAGAACGAUGUCGUUGAUUUAUUUGUAAUUCUUCAUAAAAAUUGA